CGGCUUAUCGUGGGCUCCUUCCCUUGUCACAGACCCCUUGGCCGCCGUGGUCAUGGAUCGGCCCGUCAAAAAGAUGAGGCACCUCAAGAGGCUCAGAUGGGGAAACUGAGGGGCUGGGCCGCACCCCCACAGCCGGCGAGGGUCUGAGGCCGGAUUGGCCGCAGUUCUUACUUCAUUCCCGACUACACCCCCCCUGUUCGCCUGUGCCGGCCCCAGGGAGAUCUCCAGAGACCCCUGUGGCUGCCUCCCCUGGGGUUUUUUCUCAAAAGCUCGGAGCAUUAGCGGAUUCUAGGAGGCUCGGUGUCAGCCCCAAAGUGGAACGUCGGGGGAAGGGGGCUUUGGGGGCCCGGGCAUCCCCGAUUCCGAGGGGGUCCAUCGCCGAGGACCGUUGUGAGUGGGCCGAGCUGGGUUCCAAAGCUCCCUAUACACGGGAGAGAGUGGCCCCGAGCCCCCGGGCUGGGAAAGCGAGUCACGAAGCCCCCCGGGAGGAGAGACCAGGAAGGGAGCGGUCCUGGGCCCCCCAAGACCGGGCCAGAGAAGAAGGCUAAAGUUGGUGUCCCUGCCCCGGGGGUGGACGCCAGGGGGAGAUCUUCAGCCGGCCAUCCAAGCUCAGCAUCUGCCAACCGCGUGGGGAAGCCUCUUUAUAGGUGCUAGGAGGAGCAAAACAGAAAAAGGAACUCACCAAAUUACUCUGAAGCCUGAAAAGACGUGCCUUCCGGGCCCACUGCCUCUCCUCUCCCUUCUGCCUCUGCAGUUGAAAUGCCUCAGCCAGGCUGUUGUUUGUGAGCCUGCUGGGGAUGAUUCAUCUUACAGUAUGAAGACCCUUUUUUAACAUCAGAAUUGUUUGAACACUCCUACGUGGUAGUAAUUAUACUAUUAGUAGUCAUUGAUUGGGAAAAUACAUAAUGACAUAAAGCUACUAUGAAUUCAGCAAUACUUUUUAAUGAAUUAUUUUAUUAAUCACAACAGCAUCAACAAACAUUGAAAAAAAUUGCACAUCUAUGUACAGUACAUUUAUUCAAUCUGUAGAAGGUAUAUUUAUGAAUUUGCAGGUGAAUUCAGGGCCCCUUUGCAAUAACUCUAUGGAACUCUCUCCCCCUCCAAGGGUCUUUGGCCCAUGGGUUGACUUGGAGUUAGAAAGUAACCUUGGUCUAAGUCCCUCUUCUGCCGGUUUCCUGGCUGUAUGACUCUGGGCAAGGUAUUUAACCUCGCCCUGUUCCCAUUUUUCCUUAGCUGUAAAAUGUCAGUAACAGCAGACCUGUGAGGAAAAACUUUUAUAAACUGUGAAGCAACAAUAUACAUGAACUGCUAUUACCCCUCCAAGAGACUUGUUUGUCCUGGCUGCCUUGUGGCACAGCUGGCCUAGGAUGGGGCUCAGCCCCAUGUCCCAUGACAGCUCUGUGGUAUGCUUCUCCUCAUGUCCUUCUUCCCUUGCCCUAGGUUUCUCCUAAGCCUCAAAGGAAGGAACACCCAAAAUCCCCUAGGAUUGAGGGUGUAUUCUGUUCCCCCCUAGGAUAUGUGAGGGAUGGGGUAGGACUCAACAGGUGACUUUGCCCAGAGGAGGGGAGAGGUAGAAAGUUCUUUCGCUUGACUCUUAGAGAAAAUCCCAGAUAUACCAAUAAGUGUUCACAUGUUUCUCCUUAGAGUUUUCAAAGACUUAGAAGGAUUGACUAUUAAGUCUCUUAAGAGAAUGAAUGCCCUGUUAUUUAAUAUUUUCAAUCUCUCUGGACUUUCCCAAGACUUUACCCCCCCAGUGGAAGCUGACUCAGGAUAUUCCUGGGAAUCUUGGUUCUUGCUGGGCUCCCGGGACUUGUGGUGGCCUGUCAGUGACUGCUGCGUGGCCGGGUGGGUGGUGAGGCGUAUGGAGAGAGAAGACGGCCCAUCUUCUUCUUUGCCUGACUCUGAGACCUCACCGUUGUCCCGGGAUCGCUCCCCCAGCGUGAGCAGCACCAGUUCUGUGGGUCACACGUCCCUCCGGCAGCGAGUGGCGCAGCUUCUGACCUGUGUGGAGGACAUCAGCUCAGAUGAAGAGAUCCAGGACGAGAUGGCUCGAACACUGGAUCAGGCUUUCCUGCUCUGGGGGAAAAGGCUGAAGGAGAAAUGUCUGCAAUUUAGGUUGCAUGUCAUGACCUGGAACGUGGCGUCUGCUUCACCCCCGACCAACGUCAAUGACUUGCUCCUGCUAGAUAGCGAACCUUUGAGCAUCGACAUGUAUGUCAUUGGUUUACAGGAAGUAAAGUCUGGCAUCAUCAAUUACCUUUCUGAGUUGGCGUUUGAAGACCCAUGGAGCAAGCUCUUCAUGAACGUGCUUUCCCCUCUGGGUUAUAUAAAGGAGACCUCCAUAAGGAUGCAGGGGCUCCUCCUGCUGGUCUUUGUCAAGCGCCGGCACGUGCCCUUCAUUUCCUGCAUCUACACCAACUACACCCGUACGGGCCUCGGUGGCUACUGGGGGAACAAAGGGGGAGUUGCCAUCUGCUUUCGGCUAUAUGGCUAUGCUAUCUGUCUCCUCAACUGCCACCUGCCAGCCCAUCUGUCCAACAUUGACCAGCGGCUCAGCGACUUUGACAAGAUCCUAGAGAUGCAGAACUUUGAGAAACAAGACAUCCCCAACAUCCUGGACCAUGAUCUCCUCCUGUGGUUUGGUGACCUAAACUUUCGCAUCGAGGAUUAUGGGUUGUGUUUUAUCCAGGAAUCCAUCAACAAUGAGGAGUACAGCAUCCUCUGGAGGAAAGAUCAGCUUAACAUGAUUAAGAAGACAGAUUCGCUGCUCCAGCAGUUCCAGGAGGGUCCUCUGCUCUUCCAGCCAACCUAUAAAUUUGACGUCAACUCAGAAAAUUAUGAUUCCAGUGAGAAAAGACGAAAACCAGCAUGGACUGACCGCAUCCUUUGGAGGAUGAAGCGGGAGCUCUUAAAUAACCCUGGGGACUCUGGGAAAUGUGAUCGCUUCUUCUCUCUGAUAUUGAAGAAUUAUGAAAGCCAUAUGAAAUAUAAAAUCAGUGACCACAAGCCAGUUACAGCGACCUUUGAGCUGGAGCUGAAGUCCCUACUGUUAAGCCCACCGGUCACGUUGAUUCCUGCGGGGCAGUGGAUCACACCUUACGAUUUGAUGGUCAGCUACAACCAGAGCCCUGACUUCAUCAGCAGCCCCUGGGACUGGAUUGGCCUCCACAAGGUUGUGAUACGCCAUGUGAAGGACUAUGUGAACUAUGCUUGGGUCAAGGACAACUUGGUCUCUUCACGUGACGGGUGUCACCAGGUUUAUAUCAAUGCUAGUGGUUUCCCAGAGGAAGGAGGAGAGUUUCUUCUCAGUUACUAUAGUAACAACCUUCAGGCUGUAGUGGGGCUGAGUGAACCCUUCCAGAUCCCUAAAAAUGCCAUGACCCCAGAUGACUGGAGAGAAAAGAAAGGAGAUCCACUGAUGUAUUGAACCAGGGUGAAUGCCUAAAUAGGGGUCACAGCUCCCCCAGAUGGCUGUUGCUUGUGUGUCCAGCUCUCUCAAGAUAGGGGCACCCCCUGCAGAGUACCCGCCUCCCCUAAUCACCUCCUGGUUCCCCAUUCAGGACUGGGAUUAAGUUUCACUUACCAGGAUACGGAUGAGGCCAGCUGGUCCAUCUGCACUGUGUACUCAAGGACAGUCAGCUGAGUGAGAGGGAGAUUCUUCUACCCUCCUUCCACCCUCCUGCCCUGCCCUCAGUGGGGCUGCCAGCCACAUGCCCCAGCUGGCACCUGCCCCACAUUCCUGUGACUCCAUCUCCAGGGCUCUGGCUGGCAGGGAUAGGGAGAUAGAUUUGUACAGGAUCCUCUGACCAGUUGGCAGCAGUCCUCCAAGUUUUAGGAGGAAUCUUGGAAUCUUGGCAGCAUAUCCCUCUUCCAGUGGCAGGGCAGGGGUGGCAUAGUGAUGGGCAUGUGGUAAUGUGCCCUUCCUUUAGCAUGGAGAAUUAGGCCUAUAGCUUUAGUGUAGUAGCAGAUUGCUAAGUGUCUUCUCGAGAGGGUCCUGGAUCAGGAAGCCCUUUGGCCAUGAGAUGCAACCUGAGGUCAUGGGGUGGGGGCAGUUCAGUCCAUUCUGAUGCCUCCUGCCCUUGGCUGUGACAUAGCUGAGGCUCCAGCCUUCCCAGGAGGAGCUCUAAGACUUGUGGCCCUGAAGCCCAUCAUCUUCACCUUCUUUCAGCAUUUCUGGGAUACCUCACCCCAACAACUAGGUCUUACGAGCCAAUUCCCAUAGCACCAUUGUUUCGCGAGAUACUAGCCCACAGGAAACAACUGUGGGACCCCUCUGCAUGCACUGGACAAGCUGAUAGUUAAGGCCAUCUGGGGAUCUUUAAGAAAACCUUCCUCUCUAGGUACUGUCAUGAAAUUUUAAGUCAUUCAACUCCACCCCCAGCCACGGGGGUCCAUGGCAACUCUGCCUUAGUCUCCUAGGAAAGACCAUCUCAGGGAGCCUGCUCGGUGACAUCACUGCGGUUCUUUCCUCCCUCCUUCCCAAAGGCCCACGGAGGGGGUCGAUUCAGUGACCGCGGAGCCCCCUUCUCCACAGAGAAGCUCCCGAAGGUGGGGCUCCAGGCCAGUGGCUGCUUGACAUUUCCCCUUUGGAAGCCUUGAAUGUCAACUUCCCUGUGCUUCUCCUGUCCCUGCCCUGGCUCCCCAGCAACUUGAGUCUGUGCAUCUGUGUCUGUUAUAUUUGAGAAUAGAGAUGUGGCUUUUAGAGUGGCCUUGUGUGUUCCUGUUAAUGUUGCUUGGAAGCACGUGCUCCAGUAUUAGCAGGAGAAGAUGAAUGCAAGUCUCUCUGCCCUGGGGAUCCAGUCCCCCCUCUGAUUCCUGGGGCUGCUGGAUCUGGAUAGCCCAGGGCAGGGGAAAUGGGGGUGGACUGGACUUCUGGGUCAGUCAGUCCAGAGGAUCCCACUUAGUGGAGAUUGAAGUUUGUCAGCUUCCAAAUGAUAGGGCUGUGGCUCUUGAAGCUUGGAAAACCCAGGGAAGUACUUAUGGGGGCCAGAGACCCCCUGAAUUCCACCUACUCCCACUCCCUAGUAUCUCACUCUUGCCUUUAGCUGAAACACGCCGUUGGGGUUCUGCAUUUGCCCCAUGCCUCACCUUCACCCUGGUGGCCUCCUCCCAUCGGAAGGAGUCAUUUUCCAUCAUAGAGGCCCCUUGAUUUCCUAUAUUCCCGUCUGUCUCUUCUUUAUGCUCGAUCUGUUGUGUCCUCAUCUCCCCAUGUCAUCUCUCAUGUUCUUCCACCUCAUCCUUGAAAUUACCUCUCUCCUGGAUCUGACUCGAAAAAAUCUCACCCUGCAUUGUGCAUUGGUUCCAAAUUCCCAGCCCAGGCUGGGGACAAGGGGCAGGCAAAAUGUUGUGUUGGCCAGAAGGGCAAGACCAGUUUUGGGAAAGGAUCCAGGCCUCUUGGUCUAAUAAUAAAUUGUUGUCAUUUGUGUA